AUGCGUGCAUCGAUGCAGAAGCGACUGGGCGCAUGCGCCGAGCACGUCAAAACCAUGACGCGGGAGGAGAAGCUGCACUGGGCCUUGGAUCUCAAGGACCAAGCAAAUCAGAGCUACGCCUCCAGCAAGUUCGAAGAGGCCGCGCAGCUCUACAACGACUGCCUGGUGGGACUUGAUUUCGAUGGCGACGACGCGCAGAACUCUGAGGUGGCCACCAAGCUGCAGCUGCCUAUCUGCACCAACCUCGCGGCCUGCCUCAUUGAGUGGACAAAGCAAGAAGCCCUUCACCGGCUUACCCAGCUGCAUCCGAGGAUGGGCAAGCACGAGGAGUGCGUGGAUAUGUGCAACAUUGCCCUCUCCGUGGACCCGCACGCUCCAAAGGCUGCGGGGGCAACGGUGUGUGGUCCUUCCUCUUCGCUGGUUUUGGCCAACGGCGCCCGGCACAACCUCGCGCCCCACGCGGCGGCCAUCGAAGCGCAGAUUCUGAAGGCGGCUGAUCAUGUCGACCCCACUGUCCGUUACGACGAGGAGUGGUUCGAAGGCCACUGCGACCUCUCGGAGUUCUCGCAAGACAUGCUCUUCCUGGGCCCCGAGUUCCGGCUCAGUAAGCGUCCCACGGUGGAUGCUCAUCGCUGGCAUCCAGGCUACAAAUGCACCGAAGAUGGUGCCGGGCGCGCCCCGGAGUUUGUCGAGAUCAGCGAGGAGUUUCAGUGCGCGGAGAGGUGCUGGGAGACAGCGCGGAAGGUGCCAGGAACGGUGGUGUGCUGCGAGCAUCACCAGGACAAGUCUCGGUGCGAGGUGCGAGUGGGCUGGCAGUCCAUGCAGGAGUCAGAUUAUGGGAAGAAUAAGCUGAACCCCGCCAACUGGGCGUUGUUUGGCCGACAUCAGAAGAAGGCGCGGCUCUUCUUUUCACCCCCCAGCACCCACGAGAACCACCGCUACGUGCCCCAGUUCGAGAGCGAAGAAGUGCGGCAGGCGGAAUCAGGCAAGCAGCACGUGCGGGAGCUCGCCAGGCAAGUGAAUCACCUCUCCAUCGAUGGGAUCCUGGACCACAUGUUGUCCUUCUACGUGUGCAUGCGCUUCUUGCCAGACAAGGAUUUCAUGGAUCUGGCCAAGUACGAGCUGGAAAGGGUGGCGGUGGACCAAGACACGCCGGUGGCAGGCCACGACGUGUCACGGGAGGAGAUCUACCAAGAGUUUAAGAACGCGCACCUCUUCCCUCUGAGAUGCGGCCGGUCCAUGCACGUGCAAGACAUCGAGGCCAUCGACCAGCUGGUCCAGACUUUGAACGAUUCGAGCUCCUUGCUGAAUGAGGCGUACAGGUUUUCCGUGAACGUUACUGAGAAGGCUGGCAAGUCCCUUCACGAGAUGGACAAGGAGAUGCGCCUCAACGAGUCUGACCCUGAGCGUCCUGAUUCCAUCUACGUGCAGGACAUGCGCUGGACGGCGCGGCAGUCGCUUCCCUGGUCCACCUUCCUACGCCCAUCCAAGCAUUACGAGCACCACGUGUCGCGCCACCCCAAGAACCUCUUUAUGCUUUGCUUCGGGCCUCGUGUGGCUUCGUACCCGCACAAACGGGAGAAUGGGGAGCACAUCUUGGCGGACAUGAACACGGCGGGCUGCAAUGGCUUUUGGGAUCUCGAGGAAGUGAUCCGUCACAUGGACCGCAUCAAAAAGCUUUUUGCGCCUGAGAUGUGCUUUGAGUUCAAGCUGCGCAAGGAGCUCAAGCUCAAGUUCAUGCAGACCUUCGUGGAGAUGAACCAGCAGUUCGAAGCCUCCAUGACUGGCAACUACUUCACGCAGGUACACGAGAUGGACAACACCGGGUCCACUCGCCUUGAGCUUCUCAGCGACCGCAGCAACCUCUCCACAAAGGCCAUCAACUUCAUGGACAGCAGGAAGGUGCAGCAGAAGUACGAUCGCUUCUCGCAGCUAAUGGCCAAGGCCCACAGCAAGUGGGUCAUCUGCGGCGCGCACGACCAGGUGGGCCCAGAGGCCUUUGGCACCGAGGACAACUUCUUCAGGAACCCCACUGCCUACGACAAGUGGCUGGGCUCCAUCGCAGAUGAGAACAUGAUGGAGUGCAAGACCCUGGACGAGACCACCGGUUGCGUGAAGUGUGCCAUCGCGGUCAAGGACGAGCAUGGCUGCCGCAUUCGGCUGGAUGUGAAACUGAAGGAUAUCUAUCAAGCCGCCUCUGGUGCAGCGUAUCCCUUCCUGCAGAGCGACUACAAGGUCCAUGAGGAGGUGACGGACGAGACCGGGCACAAGGACAUGGUUACGCGCAACAAGAAGGGGCUGUGCAUGGUGAGGAAGAAUCCCACCUCCAUGCGGGCGGCGAUCCGCGACAGCCGCCACCUGUCCGAAGCGGAGCGAAAGGCGGCCGCGGCGAAAGCCUUCUUUCACGUGUCAAAAGAUGAUCAAGUGGUGAUGCUGGAGAGCCUGGAUGAGCUGAACAACCGCAUCGAGGGGAAUUCCGGCAAGCCAGUGGUCUCGGAUUACCGCUACACCAUCGAGGAGAGACAGGAGGAGAAGCUCAAGUUUGAGGAGAAUGCGACAGGUGAGGUUCUGGAGGAGGACUUUCGUAUUCUGGCAGAUGCGCUGGGGGCGACCAAGUACACCGACAGCCUCAAAGACUUCCCGCAGAAGUUUGUGUUCACAGAUCAGAUCAGGCAGGAUCAGAACCGGCCCGCGCAUCGGGUGGACUACAUCGUGAGCUGCCCCUGUUCCCCUGGGGACUUCUCCCUGCUCAACUACUUCCAGGAGGUGGGAAGCCAAGGCAUGUCCGAGUACUACAACCGCUAG